AUGGACCAAUAUGAAAAGGUUGAGAAGAUUGGUGAAGGAACUUACACUGUGGUUUACAAGGCCCGUGACCGCGUCACUAAUGAGGCUAUAAAGAUAGAGUUCUUGUGUUUACGUAGUGAAUCGGAAGCUUUCGAGAAUCUGGACUUAGAUAUAAAGAAGCAUAUGGAUUCAUCUCCCGAGUUUGUAAAAGAUCCUCGACAAGUAAACAGCCUAAGUGCCAACUUUCAAGAAGGCGACGCAAGUUAUGAGGAUGAUGUACGUGAUGAACAUCAAGAGGAUGACAUAGAUGAUGAACAUCAUGAGGACGACAUAGAUGAUGAACAUCACGAGGACGACAUAGAUGAUGAACUUCAAGAGGACGACAUAGAUGAUGAACAUCAUGAGGACAACAUAGAUGAUGAACUUCAAGAGGACGACAUAGGUGAUGAAGGAGAUGAAAAUGAGUUCAACAAACUUAAAGAGUUGGAUAUGUUGUGUUAG